AUGCCAGAAGUCAAGUGCCAGAACAACUUGGCUAUAAACGUCUUCGGCUGGGACAAAGGCGUGGUUGUGUACCACAUCAGCAAACAGUCAGGGGACUUGCCCCGGAUCAACCUGCUGUGGACUGAGAAUGAUAGCUGUGAUAUUGUCAUAGGGUGGCGCCAACGAAAACUUGCAGCUCUAUUUGUCUGUCGGCAUGAGCCUGAAAAGAUCCACUUCGCCCUCAGAUUUGGGCAGAGCCCCUGGAUGGAGCCAUAUAUUCGGAUGAACACGGAGCUCCGAAAACAAGCCACCAGCAGCUUCGAGAAAGACCUCUACAAGCUCAUGAACAACACUGUUUUUGGGAAGAGAAUGGAGAACCUCAGAAAACGGGCCCAUGUUAAGCUGGUGCAAACAAGUGAGGAAGCUGUGACGUUUGAUAGCCAACAUAUUUUGCUGCAAUCCAGUUCCACAAGAACCACCUCUGCUCAACCGCUCCGUUUAUGUGGGUAUGAGCGCGUCCUCGACCUCUCCAAAUACCUUAUGUAUGACUUCUACUACAACCAGAUGAAGGCUCAGUACGGAGAACAUUGUCAACUCCUCUACACUGACACAGACAGCCUGCUCCUUGAGAUGCAGACAGAGGAUGUCUAUCGCCAGAUAUGCAGACCUCUAUGA